CGCGCGUGCGUGCAGCAUGUGUGUGUGAGAGUGUGUGUGUUUACGGAGGGGAGAGACUGAACUGAGCAGCUGCUGAUCAUGACUGCGUUUACCUCCUUCUCGACCCGAGUUAGCUAAAGCUCCCUCCGGCUCCAGGACAGCGACUCAGGCCAGACCUCUCAGCCGGCGAACAGGCGCUGCUCGCCGUACUCGGAUGAGAGGAUUUCCCGCGGGGAUGGAGUGGGUGCCCUCUCCCGCGGAGGCGCAGAGCCGCGCUAACGACAGUACCCGCAAUCACCCUCACCCUCCGCUCACACACGAGUGCAGUGCGGAGAGCAUGGCGUCUCUGUGUGAGAGUCAGCAGCAGCGUGUGAAGGCCUCCAUUGUGUCCAGCUGGCAGCUGGUGGAGGCGCAGGAUCAGCUUUGUGGUUUGGAGCUGCACGGUUGCGAGUCGGCAGAACAGGCCCACGCCCGAGCUCUGGCCCCGUCUGCUCAGCUCUCCCAAACUGAGGAGGAGUGGAGGAGGAAGGAGAGCAUGCUCGGAGGCCUGGAGUCCCGCUGGAGUCCUGUACUUGGAUUAGAGACUGAACACAGGGGGUUUGAUAAGAGUAUCAUUAGUGAUUCCCAGUCGAAGGGGAUUGAAGCAGAUAAUGACAAGAGUUUAACGUUUGUUCAGCGGCAUGAGCAACACUUAAAACAUUUUGGGAUGCUGCGGAGAUGGGACGACAGUCAGCGUUUUCUCGCUGAGUUCCCCCACCUCAUCUGUGAGGAAACGGCCAAUUACCUGAUCUUAUGGUGCUUCCGCCUUCACGCUGAAAAGAAGGAGGCUCUGAUGGAGCAGGUAGCUCAUCAGGCGGUGGUGAUGCAGUUUAUAUUGGAGAUGGCACGCAGUGCGCAGCAGGACCCACGCGGCUGCUUCCGUCAGUUCUUCCAGAAAGCCAAAGAGGGACAGGAGGGAUAUCUGGACGUCUUCCACACUGAACUGGAGGCCUUUAAACAGAGAGUGCGAGAGUACGCCAUGAAAUCUAAAGGAGAGAACCCCAAAGCUCCUGAGCAGCAGUGCACCCCAAACCGCCGCUGUUUAGACCCCAAAGAGGUUCUGGACUCUCUUCCUCCUGAACUGAAGGCGUGCAUCCAGUCGCAGGACAUGCACAUUCUGCAGAACGUUCUCAGCACCAUGAACGCACAGGUGGCAGAGUAUCAUAUAAAGCGGUGUUUGGAGGCGGGGCUGUGGGCGUAUCCAGGCCGGGGUGUGAAGGAGGAGGACUCGGGAACAGAGGAGUUCAGAAUGAUGGAGACCUCAUAGCCCCUCUAUUCCCUCCAUCCUCCCAUCCCACCAUAAACUGCUUUAUAUUCCUAAAAAAAACGAAUGCUGAUCUUUACCGCAAGAGAUAUUAGACCUACACGCUCUACAGACCAACCAAUCCAGCGCAUUUCAUCCUCCAAACCGUGCUUCAACAUUAGCUUAAUCUGGGAAAGGAGCGGAAAUAUAGGAAUAUAGUUUAAAUCUUCCUUUUUUGAACAUUUUAGAUGCUAAUAAUUACUAUGAGAAAACUGUGCUGGAGAAGAAGGUAAAGGAGGAUAUCUGAAAAGGCUGUGCUCAGAGGAACCCUGAGGAAUUAUUUUUGCAUAUUUUCUGGUUGUAUUUUUGUUUUUGUAUUCACGCUUGAAUGUGUGCUGCACUUUAUAUUUGAUUGAGAAGGUAAGUGUGUGUAAAUAGAGAGAAGCAACUCUGUGGAACAAGAAGGGCGGGGUCUCAGUUUAAAUUAAUUAUGUAGAGGAAGAAAGUGUUAAAAAUACAAUAGAUGCAAGUGAGUAAAUAAUUUACUAAAUUAUUAAAUUAAUAUUAAAAUGUCAAAUUAGUAUGACCACCUUCACUAAGCAUAUAAGACCAAAUUUAUAUUUCUAUAAUUCCAGACUGGUAUUAUUACCACAGAGCAUAUAUUAUUUUUAUUAAUGGGGUGUUUAAAAACUCCAGCAGCAUUGCUGUAUAAUAAUAAUAAUAUACUUAUAAUAAUAAUAAUAAUAAUAAUAAUAGCUGCUAUGUGGUGGUUUUCUAUCCUCUGGGUUCAUAGUAUUAAAGAACAGGCUGAAAAUAAGGAGGAGAAUAAAGUAUAUUAUGAUGGAUUGUGGGUGCAUAACAAGCAGGUGUUCAUAAUCAAACAUGUCAUUUUUGAUUGGUGUAUGCAUACAGCUCUGGAAAAAAAUAAGAGUUUCUUUGAUUUGAUUUUACUAAAUUGAAAACCUUUGGAAUAUAAUCAAGAGGAAGAUGGAUGAUCACAAGCCAUCAAACCAAACUGAACUGCUUGAAUUUUUGCACCAGGAGUAAAGAAGCAUAAAGUUAUCCAAAAGCAGUGUGUAAGACUGGUGGAGGAGAACAUGAUGCCAUAAUGCAUGAAAAAAAUGUGAUUAAAAACCUCCAGGGUUAUUCCACCAAAUAUUGAUUUCUGAACUCCAAAAACAUUAUGAAUAUGAACUUUUUUCUUUGCAUUAUUUGAGGUCUGAAAGAUUUGGGUCUUUUUUGUUAUUUCAGACAUUUCUCAUUUUCUGUAAAUAAAUGCUCAAAAUGACAAUAUUUUUAUUUGGAAUUUGGGAGAAAUGUUGUCUGUAGUUUAUAGAAUAAAAAAACAAUGCUCAUUUAACUCAAACAUAAACCUAUAAAUAGCAAAAUCAGAGAAACUGAACUGAAUUUUUCCAGAGCUGUGUAUUUAUGCAUAUAUUUAUUUUAUUCUGAGCACUUUCUUCCUUUGUAUAAUUAACAUUAAUUCUCCUUAGUUUCAUUUAUACUCCUUCUCUAGGCUUUAUUCAGAGAGGCACCUAAAUGGAACAUAAAUCUGAUAUUCCCUUAAAUUCUAAUGAAUAAUUAUAUUAACAGGAUAAGGUAAUUUCAGCAUGUCUGUUCACACUGUAACUCAGUAUGUGUUGCAGGAAACUCCAUCAGUUUGCUCGUAACUGAAGCUCUGUAGAGGCGCAGGAAGUGCUGAGUCACUGGACAGCGUGAUCAGAGCUGAUUACAGCUCGUGCUGAUCCUGCUCACUCCUGCACGGCUCAACACUCACUCUCUAGUGCACACUUCGCAGUGCACACUCUCACUCUGCCCUGAACCUCCACCAUGAUUAUAGACCUAUGCAAAAAGUGACGCAGCGUCCAGAACUCCUAAUCCACAGCAUUUAAUCACCAGCCCAGUUCCUGUUAUUGAUGCUGCUUCAGCCUGAAACCAUAAAGAACGUCUGGAGAAGAUCCAGAACUUCACCACAUGCUGAGAAUGUUUCAUUUCUUCAAAGCAGGAAAUAGAAAAACGUGCAAGGAACGGCCGACAGCCGAGAGUUUCCUCCUGCUGUGAUUGUCCUUCAAGUGACUAAGACUGAGCGAUUCUACGGUUUGGUUGUAUGUACGGUAUGGUUCUGACAGACAAUAAAGAAUUUAUUUGUA